ACAGGGAUCGUUGUGGAGGGGAGGAGAGGGGACGCCCGAGAGGGGACGCCCUCGGACCCAGAUGUGGAGCUGGAGGUCCCGUGCCUUGCUCCGGGUGUGGGAUCUGUGGCCGGCGGGGGUGCCCGGAAGGAGACUGCUAAGUAGUGAUGCCGCGUCUCAGGCGAGAAGUGACUCGCCCGCGUGUUGGAACUGCGGCGUUUCGGGGGGCCCUGGGUCGGGGGACGGGUUCUUCUGUCCGCGGUGCCGCGCGCUGCAGCCGCCUGACCGCGCUCGCGACUACUUCAGCCUCUUGGAUUGCAAGCGUUCCUUCAGGGUUGAUACCACGAAGCUCCAACGCAGAUACCAGGAACUGCAGCGUCUUGUCCACCCAGAUUUCUUCAGCCAGAGGUCGCAGACUGAAAAGGACUUCUCAGAGAAGCAUUCGACCAUGGUGAAUGAUGCCUAUAAGACCCUUCUGGCCCCACUGAGCAGAGGACUAUACCUUCUAAAGCUCCAUGGAGUAGAGAUUUCUGAAGGGACACAUGAUGAAAUGGACAAGCAGUUCCUCAUGGAAAUCAUGGAAAUCAAUGAAACACUCGCAGAAGCUCCAAAUGAAGCUGUCCUAAAGGAGAUUGAAUCCAUUGUCAGAGCCAAACAGAAAGAACUUACUGACAAUGUGGGCAACGCUUUUGAACAAGAAGGCAGAUUGACCACAGCAGUUGUCUGGCUUAAUGGCAUUCAAACAUACCAAAGCGAUCUGCAGGGCCACCCCCUGCAACUUACAAAGAGAGUUACAAAAAACACACCAGGAGUCCUUGAAAUAAAAAGCUGCCAUGCACACAAAUGUCCUGAUUCCACUGUGUGCUUCUACAAAAAAGGAAGGAGAUGAAAGGCCAGCUUAAGAUGCUUGUAUAGGCAGUCUUCAUGCCUUCUUGGAAUCUGACCACACAAAGAAUCAGAUCGACGCUGCCAGGAAUGGCAUUUUGGACGUUCUGGGAAGGACUUCAGAGGAAACGUCCCCUUUACCUGGGGCUGUCAGCAGCUGGACAGGCUGCUGGGCCUCCCAGCAAACCCAUUCCUGAUCAUGUGGAACUAAAUUAAAACACACACACACAGUUUCUGAGUCAUG